AUGGACCUAGCACAAUUGCCUCCGUGGGAUCUCCCCCCCGGCGUCACCUCUCGCUAUGUCGACACUUCGCCCAUAGGGCUAAAGUUCCACAUUCUCGAGUCUUUCCCAAAAAAUAAUCCUUCUAAAGACCCCCCGCCUCUAAUCCUACUUCUCCACGGCUUUCCAAACCUGUCGUUCGACUGGUCUGCUGUCAUGCCAAAGCUCGCCGCGGCGGGGUACUACGCAGUCGCUCCCGAUAUGAGAGGCUUUGGCCGAACGCACAACGCCAAUCUCAGUCCGAUCAGCGAAGAGACAAUCCGUCCGCUGACCGCUCUGCGGGAUGUGGUCACUCUAGUCCAUGCACUCGGUUACGAGAGCAUUCACACUCUCGUCGGGCACGAUCUCGGGGCAUUCGUGGCUUCUAUGUGCGCCAUCACGCGGCCAGAUAUGAUUAAGUCCUUGGUUUUGAUGGCGCAUCCGUUCAAGGGAUCUCCUCAGCUGCCCUUGAGAACUGGACCUGCACCGCAACUAGCUUCUUUGUUUGAAUCCAAACGGGAGGAUGGCGGGAAGACGAUCAAGAAUGACAAUGACAUUCAAUCCUCUCUCUUGAAGCUUGACCCGCCAAGAAAGCACUACAAGUACUACAAUGCCUCAUCAGGAGCAGUCGACGAAUGGACUCAUCCCACAGGCCAGCCGAUGCACGAGUUCCUCCGGGGAUACUUCCAUCUAAAGUCUGCAGAUUACAGUUUGAAUAAUCCUCGGCCCCUCGAAGCAUGGACAGCACAAGAGAUCUCAGUCAUGCCGCAUUACUACGUAAUGAGAGCGGAUCUAUCGAUGCGCGGAAACAUUGAACUGGACAUGGCCCAAGAGUCGGCCGAAGUGCGAGCCAAACUCAGCGAAACAUCAUGGCUCACCGAUGCAGAACUUCAGGUCUAUGUUGACGAAUACUCCCGAAACACGUUCCGACUUUCUUUGUUGUGGUACAAAGUCCUCAUCAACCCGGCCUUGUCUGCAGACCUCCUCUGUUUUGCGGGAACAAAGCUGGCGAUCCCGACAAAGUAUAUCUCUGGGACACAUGAUUGGGGAACGUACCAGGUUCCUGGCGCUCUUGAAGCCAUGGAAAACGGCGAGAGCGUUCGGUCUGACUGCUGGAUGGGGUCGGUCAUAAUUCCUGGGGCGGGUCACUGGGUCAACAUCGAAAAGUCUGAAGAGACGGCACAAGAGAUCAUCACACUGGCCCAAUCACUUUAG